AUGGCAAACAUAGGCCAGAGAGUGCAGUCUCAGCUAACCUCUCUACACGAAACAGUCUUCAAAGAAACAGAGAUGUCCAAAGAGAACAGCAAAAAGUGGGAUCCGUUUCCCCCAGAACUGAUUGCCAGACUUCAUCACAGUACAACUGACGUUAACUGCGAAGUGCAAGUCCUGGAGAGGUAUCUAGACCAAGUGCGGGAAUUGAUAACAAUCGGUGGGAAAAAUAACAAUGGACUUCACACCUUCAAAGGAGUGUUCUACGAGGAGAACAACAAUGAAACAGACGAGAACAAGAAGAAGCGUGCCAAAGAAGUAGAAUUGAUGAGGGGGCAUCUUCAAAUUAACGGAGGGAUACUUGAUCACGAGGGGUUGGUUCGACGGCUGGAAAGCGAUCGCUCAAAACUGGAAGUAGAAAGUUACAAUUACAAGCAAAAAUUAAAGCUUAUAAAGGACAAACUAAACGAGCGUGGGCAGCUGGAUGAAGAACUGGAUUUACUGACCAAAGUGGAAUGCAAACCCGAUGAGGAAAACGAAGAUGGAUUUGCUUUGUCAGAACUUGUCACUUUAAGAAAAGAAAGGAAAGUUCUGCUAGCGACAGUCCAUAAAUUACAAAAGAAAACGACGAAUGGAUACAAAAUGCACAAAGAUACCGCCGACGCUGCAGUUCAGUGUAAAAUGAACGUCCUAGGACAGUUAGGGAACCAUGGUGUUUCUCUUUCCAGCGUGGAGGUGGAAGAACUCAAGACUAGUUUACUGACCCUGCAACUGGAACAUGAGAAGCUGGAAGAAAAGUAUAAGUCAAUGGAGGAAGAAAGUGGCAAGCUGACAGAGGAAAAAAGAGCGCUCGAAGACAGCGUGAACAAGUUAAGGAGCCAAAUAACCGAUGCCUUGGAUUCCAGCCUAGAAGAAAUGGAACAAUUACAUCACCAAAAAGAAGAGCUUAACGGCAAAAUUCAACUCUUGGAAGCAGAAAACAAAAAUUUACGAGAGAAUGUCGUUGAGUUGUCGACAAAAAAUGCAACACACUUGAAAGCUCUGCUUGACGAAAUUGAACGAAAGGAUUCCCUAGAGGACGCAGUCGAUUACUUAGGUACCGAGAUUCAAAAGUUCAAUGAAAUCAAUAGCAGCAUGGUGUAUUGUACAGAAAGUGAGACAAGCGUCCCACGGGAAACGGGUGAAAAAAUUCAUAACUCGGGUCUCUUAAGUGAAAUAAAGACAUGCAAAGAGUUGAUCGAUUCACAAACAGCUCAAAUACGGCAACUUCAAGUGGACAAAAGAGAUAUCGAGGACAGUUUUAUUAACCUAAAGAGAGAGAUUGUUGUUCUUAAAACCAAGCGUGGCGAUAGGCGACAAUUGGACUUUGAAAGUGUCGAUAAAGAAAGUGAUGGUAGCAUGCAACCCGCUCGGAAGAGUUCAGUGGAGCGUUGCGAGUUUCUUAAACAAGACAUCCUUCGUCUCACCAAACGCGGAACCGAACUUGAGAAUGUUAUAAAAGCUCUCAAGUCAGACAACUCGAAUUUGGAGGAAGAAAAAGUGUGUUUGCUGGAUUCGCUUUACCAUCAACUGGAGAAGAAUGAGAAACUUGAAGUACAAAUCAACAAACUGAAGAGUAUAAUUAGCGAGAACGAUAUCACUAUAGGAUUAGAUCCAGUAACAACAAACCACCUACCUAACAGCAAACAGCAAAGUGAUGCAUCAAGCGAUGAAGAGACAGACUUCAAUGGAAAUGUUGUGGCUACUGAAAAUAUCACUCAAGUUUCUCCGGAGAGAGACGAACACAGUUCUUCUACCGACGAAAGUUUACGAAUGAAGUCAGAUCAGCUAAGCGACGAUCUAAAAGGUGUAAAAGAGCGCUUGCUUGAGAUUGAAAAGGAGAAUGAGAGAAUCAAUCAGGAGCUACAGGAGAGUAGGAGAAACGAAACGGAACUCCGAGAAAUGGUGUCAACGAUGAAGAAAGAAGCCACAGUGAGUAAGCAUCAGUUCCAAAAGAAUCAAGAGGUAACUAACACACUCCAAGAAUGUCUACGUGAAGCACACGAAGAGAAACAGGAGCUAGUCGAAUCCCUUGAUGAGGUCACGGAAGAAAAGGCUGCUUUGGAGAAAAAAGUUGAAACGAUGGAUAAAGAACUGACAUCACUUAAAGAAAAUUAUCAACGAGUGAAUGGCGAAUUAGAGCCAACUACAGCUGGAAUGGAGAGUGCUGAGAAAGCUAAACAGCAAAUGAGAUCUAUUUAUGCCAAACUAUGGGAACUUUACGAAUCCUUGACAGAUAAAGAUAAAGACAGUAGCUCUGAGGAAACCGCCACCGACAUAAAAGAAAUGUCGCUGGAGGAACAAGGGAACAACAUUCUUUCACUGGUUGAAAAAGUUCAACAGGAAGUUACCCUCCUUAAGAAGGAACUUAGGAGAGUGAAGACUGACCAGGAAAACCUAAAGGUCAAAUUGGAAUCGUCUCAAACGGAAAAGUUAUCGCUGCAGAAAUACGUUCGAGAACUUGAUGAGAAGCGAAGACAAGUAAAGAGCUUCAUCACCAAGCUCACCGAGGAGAAAGAGGCAAUGUCAGAGCAAAUAGACGAGAUCAAACAACAGAAGAACAAUUUAGCUGACGCUUUGGAAAACGUUUAUCAAAGCAAAGAGGGCCUGCAGUAUCAAUUGGAAGAUGCUCUAUGUAAGCAGCACGAAAGUACCAUGUCACUAACGGAGGUGUCAGCGGAGGUUCAAAGCUUAAAGAAAUCACUUUCUAGGAUGGUAGAAGAGCGUGACGCUUUAAAGGAAGCGCUGCUGGAGACCACGACCGAGCUCCACACACUUAAGGAAUCCGAAACUAAGUGGAAAGAAAAAGUUACUGGAGCUCAAGUCGAGGCAGACCAAAGUGUUGAAGACACAAAAGACGCGAACACAGAAGAGGAAAAAGAUGUUAUUACUCGCCUACACUUGGAGAAUGAUGGACUCAAGAAACAACUAGAAGAGCUAAUGUCAACUAAGCACUCCACAAUAGGUGAAACUGCUACAGAGAAGGAAGCUCCAGUUCAGUCAAGCAGCAGCCCUGAAACCGAUCUUAGCGAGAAUCAUUCGCAGGGUGAAAAUGGCAUACAACCUAGCACAGCACUGCAAUGCGAAAGCAGCCCUCCUGUUUACGAAAUGGUUACAUCGUUUGACAACAGAGAGUUCGAGCAGCCUCCAAGUAACGAAAACGAUUUGAUAGCUCCAAGUGAGGCAAGUUCAACCCUUGAAAACCCGCCUCCCAGCGAUCAACUGGAAUCGCUUGAUGUACGUUACAAUAAAGUGUGUGCAGAAAAGAAGCUACUUGAAGAGGACCUGAAGCAAAGUGUCGAAGAGAUUGAACAGCUAAAGGGCCGGUUUGACUCCAUUUCAUCCGAGAAGGAAAACUUAGAGAAACAACAAGAGUUGAUGAUCAAGGAAAAUAAAGAAAUGCUUACAGAACUGGAAAAAGCCAAGGAGGAAGAGGCGAGACUAAAGCUUCGCAUUGAAGAAACUUCCAAACAGGGGGAACAACUUGCUGAGGAAAAAAAUAAUCUUGAGAAGAAGUAUAUUGAAAUGGCUGAAGAAAAAGAAAGGACUGCAUGGGAAAGUGAAACACGAACCAUUGAAGUCGCACGGCUCUUAGAGCAAAUGGAAUCACUGGAAGAACAGCUUCAGGGAAAAUCGUAUGAGCUUGCCGAAAUGGAGAAUAACUUAAAACAUGUGACAAAAGAAAAAGAAGAUCUGGAUGGCGUAGUGAAUGGAAUGCAGAAAGAAAAAGAAGAUCUUGAAGCUAAACUAGAGAAACACAUCAACGAAUACAAGGCUUUUCAAGAGACGUUAGCGGAAUCUGAGACUCAAAAGACCGUACAAGAUGAAGAGCUAAAAAAGUCAAAGCAGGAGUUACAAGACACUGCAAAGAAGUUAAGAGAUGAAAUCGAGACCCUAACAGGCACGCUGAAAGGUAUUCAAGGGAAACUUGCCACCGCCGGGGACGAUUUGGAACUUGCUGAAGAAGAGAAAGAUAAGUUGUUGGUCCAAGUCACCCAGUUUGAAGAAAAUGAAAAGCUCCUUGGGGAUCAAAUGGCUGCGAAGUCUCGAGAAAUCUCCGACCUGAAAGAAAAAGUGGAAAAACUCGAUGGCGACAAACAAUUCCUCACAAACAAGUUAGAGGAAACAAAGAUUGAAAGUAAUUCCAUGCGAGAUCAGCUUAAGGAACUAAGAGACCAAGCUUUGGAUUUGCACGCUCUUAUCGACGAAUCAGUGGUUAAGAAAUCUGCGCAACAAUCUGAAGGUACCCAACAAGCAGAGGCAAAUCUUCAAUACGUUUAUCAAUAUAUUGUUGCUGUCUUAGAAGAAAAGGGAUCUGUAGAAGCAAAGCUCGAGGAAGCUGAAAAUUCAAGCCGCGAAAUUCAAGAUGAUAACAAACAGCUCCUUCAAGAGCGAACAGAGCUAACAAUUCAACUACAUGAGGCACUGGGCAAAGAGGACGUUGAUGAACCAUCGUCACCGACCACGACGCGGUAUGAUGAGACCCGACUGUCACGUGAGAUCAGCGAUGUCCGUAGUCUUAUUGAAAAGCUAAGCUUACAGAAGGAGAAGUUAGGGGCUGCUUUGGCGCACAAGGAAAGUCAAAUUGCUGCUGUAACUGCUGAGGCUGUCGAGAAGACAAAAAUGUUGGAAAAUAAAGAAAAAGAGGCAGAGUCGCUGAGCUUAACCCAAGCGGAAGUGACGGUAGCGUUGGAACAUGCGACAAAAGCGUCGGAUGAAUUGCUGGCUGAACUAGAAUGCGAGAAGGAAAACGUUUCAAGACUGACUCAAGAACUAGAAAAUGCAAAGAACCAGAGUUCAGAUUUGGGAGUAGCACUGGCAGAGGCGAAGAGCAGUUCUGACAAGUUGCUCUCUGAACUGGAACGCGAAAAGAACACAGUUGCAAGCUUAAGUCAAGAACUGGAGCAUGCAACGAGCGAGGAAAAAGAGCAUACACUUUGCAUCAAUAGACUCGAAGAGGAGAAGAAGGCGUUCAUGAUGGCUUUAAACAAAUCUCGAGAGCUUGAAAAGCGCUUGAACAAAGCGCAGGAGGAGAAUAUCAAGAUACGAGAACAGAACAGUGAGCUAGAGGCCAAUGUAGAAGCUCAAGCAGCUUCAAUUUUGUCAUUUGAGACGAUGAACAAAGAAAGUGAGUUGAGAUGGAGGAACGAUCUCGAUGAAAAAGACGAACAGCUUGAAUGUCUUAAGGAGGAAAUCAAGAAGUCGAGCAUUGCAAUGACAGACUUGCUAAGAGUUGUAGAUGACCAAAAGAGUAAAAUUGCUAAGCUCGAAAAGAACUGUGAUGAAGCCGAGAAAUCACAGAAAGAGGCCGUCGAUGAGGUGAAUAAUUUGCAAAAGAAACUGGAUGAGGAGACGGAGGGAAAGAAAGCGUUGGAUGAGAAGUUGAAAGAGGUGCAAGAAAUGAUAGCCAAACGCGAAGACGAAAACGAAAUUCUUAAGCAGCAGAUAGCGGACCACGAUAGAGAAAGGUUGACUCUAGAAGAGAGUGUAAAAGAAUUGGAAACUAAAAAUAAAGACAAAGCAAAACGUUUACUGGACUUGAACUGCACCAAAACGUUUCUAGAAGAUGAGUGUAAAAAGUCGAACUCGGAGGUAACGUCUCUAAAAGAAGACCUCGCAAGCAAGAGUUCGUCCUUGGAAGACAUUCAAAAGGAACUGAAUCGUUCAAAAGAUUUUUACCAGGAAGGGAAAAGCAAAUAUGAUCAGCUGAAAAAAGAGAGAGAAGACUUGAAGAAGUCUCUAGAUGCUGCAGAGAAUAAAUUUAGAAAAGCCGAAGCCACAACCAGAACGACCAUAGAGCAGAACGAAAAGUUGACAAAGAAGUUAGAAGCCAUUGAGAAAGAAAUGGCUUCUCUUAAUUCAGCAUUUGGAGAAGCACAGAAUAAGGAACAAACUCUGUUGAACGAAGUGAACACCGAGACAGUACGAAUAGAAACCGAGUUGGAGAGUUUAAGACAUGAAUGUGAUACCCUACAAAAGAAAUUGAACGAGACAAUCGAGAGAAAUGGCGAGCUAGAGAAAGAACUUGAGUUGAAGAUAUCCGUAGAAAAGGACUUGGCAAAACUUACAGAGGAACAUAAGGCUCUUAAAGCGUUCUCUCAGAAGUUAGUCGAUGAUAAAGUUGAUCAGGAACAAACACGAAAGGAAAAACGCGAGGUGGAAAAGCAACUUCGUCGCGAGAAGAGCGAGAGAGCGAGUAUUGAAGAGGAAAUGGAACGUCUCCGGGAAGAACAGGAGGCUAUUAAAAUUUCGUCCCAAAAUAACGUCGCUCAAGACCAGACAGAUGCCGAUAACUUACUGCAAAGUGGAAAUGAAGAAAUAAUCGCAUGUGUCCAGGGAGGCUUGCUUUCAUCUGAAGUAGAAAUGGAAUACGGUUUAGGAUCAGCUAAAGAUCAGGAGGAUGGUUGUGUUGAAGACAAAUUAUCCAAGGAGCGCGAAUUAAAUGCCGAACUACAUGAAGAAAUAGAAGAGCUUAUUGAUGAGAAAGACGAGCUGAACGAGAUUAUCGAUGAGUUGAGAUCCAAGACGAAAAAGCUACAAACAGAUGUGGACACUUUGAUUGACGAAAAGGAGAGCUUAGAAGACAAACUGGACGAGAAUGAAAAACACUACAAGGAAGAGUUGGGAUCACUAGACGACGCAAACAAGGAAUUGUCGAAAAAGCUGGAAGUUCUUCUGAAGGAUAAGAACAUGCUUCGGGAAGAAAUUAAAGCAAAAGAGCAGGAGUAUCGAAAAGUUCUUGAAGAAAGGAAAAAGUUAGAGGAAGCGUUAGAGAAAAGCGAUCAAGAAGUAAAAAUCCGCGUCCCCAAGAAAGGUGAUCAAGGAGUUCGAAAUGGCACCGAGGAGAAGCUAACUAAAAGUAAAGAGAAAGUGAAGGAGCUGGAACGUAAGAUGAAUGAAACGCGCCUUGAAAAGCAAGAGGUGAUGAACCAGUUAGGAAACAAAAAGAGUGAGAACUCGACUUUGCGUAAGGCAGUAGAGGAGAUAACUUCAGCAAAAGAGGAAGCUGAAAAGAAACUGCAACAAACGGAGAAAGACCUUUAUGAUGAAAUCGACCAUCUGCAGAAAGCGUUGGAUGAGAAGAGCAAUCGCGUUACAUCUCUUGAGGAAGAAGUCAUGGACUAUAAAAGAUCAGGAGGAACUGAGGUGAAGCUGAAGAAACCAAAGAAAGAAGUGGAAGAACUUGAAGAGCUACGGAUCGAAUUGAACGAAAAAGACAAAAAGAUUGACUCCCUUGAAAAGGAGUUUGCUACGCACAAACAAUCGGCAUCGGACCGAGAGCAAGAGAUUCAUCUCCAUCUAGAUCGAAUACAACAAAAGUUGGCCGAUAAGGACAAGAAAAUUGCCUCGCUUGAAGAAGAAAUAGACGGGUUCAAACGAACAAGACAAAAAGAAAAGGGAAACAUUGACAAGAACAAAGAUGGAACAACGGCACAGGACCAUGGAGAUAAACUUUCAAAACUUCAAAGCGAACUAGCUGAAAAGGAGAUGAGAAUAGGUUCGCUCGAAGAAGCAAUAGUAGAAUAUAAGCGUUCACGAUUUGAAGAAGAGAAAGAUUUCCAGAUGAAAGAAGCGCAUUUGGCGGCAGCUCGUGAAGAAUUCUACAAAACUAUGAAAGAAAGAUGUGAGGACGAAGAACGAUUAGAAAGUAUAAGACGUGCAAACAACCGCCUUCAGGAGGCUCUAGAACUCGCUAGAGAAAAAGAAAAACGACUGAAGAAAGAACUACAGCAAGCAACAGGUAGAGAACGGUCGCACAGCUUGGUCUCUGAAGGGAGGCUCCGAAGUUCUUCGGCUGGAAAUUUGUUGGAAUCCGGAGUUUCCGAGUUUAACCUGAGCCCACAAACGACUGUCACCUCAAGCUCGCUUGAAAAAGCUGGGAAAGAAAUAGCUAUGCUGGAAGAACACGAGCACGAGCUGCGGAGCGAACUAAGGAAAGCACGCGAUCAAGUGUUCGAUCUCCACUUGGAACUGUCCGAUGCGUUACACGCGUUGAGACAGAAAGAACGACUCCACGAACAAGAACGCAAGCUAUUUCAAUCCAGCAUCGAAGACAUGGAGAAAGAGUACAACAAAAUGCGCAGAGAGUUUUCGUCGCUUAUAUCCAUGGAGAAAAACAGGUCUUCGUUCAUCACUGUAGUUGAACUCAAAGGAAGUUUGAAGAAAGCAGAGUCGGAUAUGCUCGAGGCAAUCGCCAAGACAGCCGAAUUGUUAAGUCGAGCAAAGAACGACAUUAGGGAGAGCAGGCGGAAUUCUAUCAGUGAAGAUGCUGACAGAUCCAAAGAGCGCACUAGAAGCUUCAUAGAACAGUCUACACAGGAGAACAAAGAGCUUCUAAAACAGCUAGACGACGCAUGGAAAGAGCGGGAUAGACUUGCUAAAAGACUCAAGCGUUCCGAAAGUGCCCGGGUCAUCUUGAAGCAAAUAUUGAAUGAGUCGUUAGUUGAAGUUGAAAGAUUUAAACAGCUCGUCGACUGUACGGAAAAACCGGGGAAACGACGAAGAGCGAGCACUGGUAGGCAAAAGAAGGUAGUCAAUACGCAAGAAUUAGAGACGCAAAGUGACCUGACGGCAACUGAUUUAGAAGAGGCUCAGCGUCUUAAAGACAGUCUUGAAGACCUUCGAAGGAAUAUUAGAGGUUUAGAAGAGUGUCUAAGCCAGGAAAGAUCCAAGGGCGAAGGAAAUCUUCUUGAUUUCUUGAGGGAGAAAAACCGAUUGAAUGCUGAAAUAACCGCUUUGAAGGAGUGUGCGCAAGAAUCUAACAAGAGUAAAGACUCACUCCAUUCAAAGGUUCACGAUCUGCAAGAAAAAUUAGAGCUUGCUCAGAAGGAGAAAACAGCUGUCGAGCUUGAGGUUUCGGAAGUCCGGUUCGAGGUCGAUAAACUUCGUAAUCUGUCGUACGAUGAACGGGCAGAGAAGAACUCAUGGAAACAAGAAAACGCCGAAUUGAAGAAAACUCUACAGGAAACGAGAGGAAAAGACGGGAAAAUAAUGAAAGAAUCGGACAAAGUAAAGGAAUUGAAAAAGGACAAAGAGCGCUUAUCUACGGAAAAUGAAACACUGAAAAAGAAUGUGAAGGACUUCAAAAAAGAACUAGACAAAUCAAACAAAGAUAAUUUUGCCGCGGUCUGUAAAGAACUGGAAAAUGCUAAACAUCGAAUCAGUGAAUUAUCCAACGCCAAAGAAGUUGCCAUUAACAAAAACAUGGCGAUAGAAUCUGAACUUAAAGCGACAAAGGAGAGUUUGAAAGCCUUACAAACGGAACAGUACGAACUUAAGAACGAGAACAAUAGUUUGGAGGAAAACUGUAAAGAAUUGGAAAACGAAAGAACUCAACUAGUCGAGGACGCACACUCAUUUAAAGUGACAAUGGAAAACAAGAAUCAAGAUUUGCUGUCCAAGAUAGACGCCAAAGAGCACCAAGCGAUCUCACUGCAGACAAGGGUGGAGGAACUGAGCACACUCCAAAGGAAACUUGAAAACGACUGUCGUGGUUUGGAAAAAGACAAAGAAACUGCUUUAUCUCGAGUGCGACAGCUACAAUACGACAAGCAGCGCAUAGAAACAGUCAACCGUGAGCAAAGAGCUGAGAUCGAACAUCUUCUUCUUGAUAAAGGAAAUCAUAAAGAGCUAAACGACAAACUCAGGAGCUUAUUCGCGGAGAAAGACAAACUUGAAGAGAUGAACAGGAAGCUGGAGAUGGACGUAAGAGACCUGUACAAGGCACUGGAGACCAAAGGUCAAGAUGUUAACAAAGUUGUCGAAGAAUUAAAAGACAUGGCUUCCAAGGUACGCUACAAUAAUUAACUUUUAUGAGUAUAUAAUAUUGUCUAUUAUCAUUCUAUUCUAAGUAUGUAAUAGUAAAUAUUUUAUAAUACCGUCAUUACAAUCCCUGAUAUGGCCACAUCUUGUUAUAUAUACCACCCAAAAUGCGACAAAUAAUAUUUUAUUUUGACGAGGCGGUUGCCAUCGAGAGGUCUCAUAAAAAAGUGAUUGCAGAAACCUAAGGUAAGGCGUUUAUGCGAGGGUAUUUGAUUACAUGAGUGAAUUAAUUUUAUACGUAUAAUAAUAUUAACGACUUCAGACUCCAAAAGCAUAUGUAACCUUUCCAGUGGUAUGUUUUAGAAGGAGCAUUGGGGUAUUUGAGUUAAUGACGACAAUGGCUGAAAUAGUCUUUGUGACUGCCUAUGUAAACAGUAGCCUCGAUUACCAGCCGCUGUUUGGGAAAUGAGCCAGUGCUCCUUUCCCGAACAGAAUCUUCGAAUUCUCGGUGAAGACCGAGAGAACGGCGGAAAUCGUGCCUACGUAAACAGUAGUUACAGCUCCACAAGUUGAUUUGAGGAAAAACAUCAGUUUCUUUUGGAGGGAGUGUUUUGAAUUGAUUUUUAUUAUUUUUUUUCAUCAUUAUCAUCAUCAUUAUUCAUUUAUUUAUUUAUUUAUUUAUUUAUUUAUUUAUUUAUUUAUAUCUUUGCUUUCAAGGUCAAGAAGCUUGAAGCUGAGAAAGAAAGAGAAACGUACCUUAAAGAGCAACUGGCUGAGCAAGUAAUCGAGAAAGACAACGCCAUGAAAAUGAGGACUAAGCUUCUCUCGGACCGUUUGGAUGCACUGCUAAAGGAAACGGAAAAUCUCAAAGAUUCUUCAGGGAAAAUGGAGCAAAUGGGAACCGAAUACCGGCGAUUAGAAGACGAAAAUCUACAGCUCAUAGAAACUACUCAGAAACUAAGGGAAGAGAUCGUGGGUUUGAAAAAGGAGAAUGACCUUCUAAGGCGCGCCUGUCAACAGCUGCGUGGCAGAAAGGCGGUCUCUGAAGAGAAAGAAAUCACCGAAGUUUCGAGGUCUGAAGUCGAAAGCAGGCCUGUCAAUGGUUCCCUGAAAAAGCUGUCUGUUUCGAGAUUUGAUCCCAUAGAAGAAAGAGUCACUGCUAAGAGGACCAGUGUGGUGAAUGGCGCUCCAGACAAGCGUCGCAAAUCUCAUGAUGCAGUUCCAGGGGAUAUAAAGCUUUCUAAAGGGCUGCAAGCUCCAAUGCCCCCUUAUAAUGGAGAGGGAAGAGGCAGACAACUUCAGCGAGUUCCCCCAAGAGACAAAAAGCGCUCCCAUAGCUCUCCCGCAGUGAAGCGGUAUCCGGGGUCACCUGAAAUGAAACGACGUGCUGCCCCAAGCUCGAAAGGCCCUUCACCGCCAUCCACAGACUCGAGCCGUAGCUCGGAGACCGAUCGCAGCGUGUGCAAGAGUUCCUACUGCAGUCCUAUCUUGUCAGUGGUUGAAACGUGCCCUCUUCACCGGCAGCCGCCAGUGGAGCGUCCUCCGCCUCCAAUACCGAAUCAGUGCCCCAUUUGUAAGAAGGAGAGAAGAAGACCUGGUAUGGCGCCUGGUAUGAGGCCUGUUGAAUUUGCGCCUUUAGAAAAAUACGUUUAGGCAUAACGUUGCAUACAACAAUUGCGGCUCUCCAAUGAGGUAGAGCAAGGGAAGUGACCUGUGUCUAUCGGGAAACCUUAGAUAGGAAUCUGCCCCAGUCGUUCAAAAGUUGGAUAGCGCUAUCCACCGGAUAAAUCUCUAUCCAGUGAAUAAGUAUUACGGGAAACCAAUUGCGCUGCCCAUUGAAUGGGGAUUUAUCCAGUGGAUAGUGUUAUCUAUCUUUUGAAAUCUAACUUCUACUAUGAAAGGAAAGGCGAGUAAUUUCAAGAACGUAAAACGACUAAAAUGCUUUAUGCGGUUUUCGUGAAUACAUGGUUUCGGUGGAGGGUACCCACUCGUACGGGCCUAGAAACUUGGGCAGGUCUUUGAUAUCUAGGGUUUUUCGCAUCUUAGCAGGAAAAAGAGGGUGCUUUAAUGAGAUAAAAUUGAACGGUAAAAUCACUCUCAUAGUAUACGAAUAGACUAUUCCUUCUUUGUUUCUUAACAUGGUUACAGGUUACUUAAGGCCAACCCAAAGCAGGCUCAAAUGUCUUAUGAUACACAUAAUUGACUGCCAAAAAUAGAGCUUAAAUAAUAGGAUAUAUUGACAAAUUUAUUGUUUCAUCAUAAUUUUUGGUAAAAAAUAGUUUGCAAGGAAGUUUUCUAUCUUCAAUAUCGAAUCACAUACGCUCCAAAAUUCGUGACGUCAUUUUAUCCAUAUUCGUUACACCCAAAGGUGUAGCUACUUCCGCGGGUUCCGUGUGAUUCCCGCUUAAAUUUCAAGUCUGUAUUAUGCUUAUUAAAGUUUAUUGUACAGGUAGGGCUUCACCAAGAGUUUUAAACAGAUUUCGCUUCAGUGAUCAUCUCUUCUUAAGCCAAGAUAAUCCACAUUACUCGGUGAACUUGAUCAACUUAAUUUUGGAAUUAAGCAUUUCAAGUUAUUGGGGACAUCUUUAACAAAGUUUUAGAUUAUAUUUUUAUCGUCGUUUUACCAUAAACAAUUUAAAAUGAAAGAAAAUGGGUUUUUCUUUAUCAGUACAAGCUUAAGCAGUGGUGUUUAAAACUACACUCUAAUAACAGGGAAGGUUAAGGCCGAUUUUUUCAAAAUGUGUUUAGAUAUGCUAUGCCACGGUACCUUUUACAAUUUUAAUUUCCUUCAAUAUCGAUGUAGUGGUCUUCUUGAAUUGUUUUGAAGCUGUUUUCUUGCAUUGAUUGUCACGUAAACACCACAUUAGGGGGAUGCUAUUUUAUUGAUAAGGAAAGCAGGAGUAUAACGAUUAUAAUCCAGAACACUAAAUAUUUAUCCAGGCUAAUUGACGUCACCUUCCAGGAAAAUCGUUUUCCUAAGGUUUAACACUUUCAUUCCUAAUAGCCAAAGUUUUUCUCAUAUACUUCGAAGUAAUUAAGUAGUAGUGUGCAAAAGUUGUCCCCACACAAUAGGAUUGCAUUAACAGCCUCAAAAGUUAGAACUACAUACUAAAUGAAUAGUAUCAUGUGAAAAUACUACUGAAGAGGUUUUAUUGGAAUGGUAACAUCGUAGUAUUCUGUCCACAGACUAAAACAUUAGAGCUACAUAAUAAAUAGAUACUACUGCUUAAGAGGUUUCAUUUCAAUAGUAAAACCAUAGGAUUUGGCAAGGGCAAGCAUGAUAUGAAUGUGCGAGCAUGUACGAGAAAGCAAGACAAAUGCCUGCUUGCCUGUGCAACAAUCUUGAGAGACUUCCAGCAGUCUAUCAAAAGUUAAAAGGAUGAAUCAUUUCACCAUGACGUGGUUUAAGAGUGAAAGGGUUAGGAGCAGGUCAAACGCUGGUGAAAUGUAAGUCACCAAUCUUUACACUCAAGAGUGCCAUGUCCGCAGUUCGAUUUAGAAAGAAGCUUGCAAUAAGGCUGUUGCUAAAGUAUUUUAAAAUGCAAAUUUUGAGUUAUUAGAUAGUGCUUUUAUAGCUUUCAAAUGAUUUUUAUUAUUGUAGCACUAGAACAAGCCACAGUUCAGCCAAAUCUCAACAACAGUAUACUUUUGAAUGCAUUAUAGGCCAUACCCAGUAAGUCAUACACAUGGUACAAAAUCGUUAUGCUGGAGAGCAAGGGAUGUACUGGAAGGAGAUAAAGACAGAAAACUACAUUUUUAAUGAUAUAAGCUCUUUGCUUGUCUUGUUCCAGUUUAUCCGUUGCUCUUCACCAUGGCAGUUACGUACCACGUGAACAACAAGCUGCAAAGGGCCCAUUUCCAUCGUAAUUAUAGUUCACUUUCAGUGUUCAAAUGCAAAUUGCGAUUAGUUUUGCUCCCUUGUUUUCUUAGUCUUAGUUCUACAUUCAAACCAAAGCAGCUCGCUGUAAAUAUCCUUCAACCGGCCUUUAUUCAGUUACAUUUUUGCAACAAUUUCAAAAUGCAUGGAUCUUUAGGGACUAAAAAAAGGCAAUACAAUAACAAGUAGCCACAGUACAAAAUAUAAAUAUCUUGCAUGUUCUUACACAAGAAAGCACCUCUGAAAGGCUGUAUGUUUAGUCUUCCACUUUGAAAAGGGCUAAAGAUUGAUGACUCAAAAAGACCAAGGAGGAAAUUUCAUCUUUUUCAGUUGUAGUUGCCAAAAAAUUAAGCUAUAUGUUAUGCAGGGCUGUCACUAAGAUUUCAAGUUGCCAGGUAACUACAACAACUAGGUGGAGAAUCAAACAGCAAGAGUUCUUUUGGUUCUAUUUUUCUCCUAUUUCCUUAUGAAAGUAGCCAGGGCCACGGUCUUUCUAGUUGGGGGAAAUCCCCAGCCCCCGCCUCUUAAUGACAGUCCUGUUAUGUAACAGUUUAUUCAGAUGUGACAGUAAUGAAAGCAGGCCAACAGUACAAAGGAAUUAAAAUACAGUUCGGUUCAAAAGUAAACAACCGCCUUAUAGACUGAUCAAACUUCUAAUUUCAUAUACAAACCUGACAAAAGUCUUUAAGUAAAGGCCUUUACUUACAGAGUGAAAGAGUGGGGAGAUGACUAUGCAUCCUUUUGUGGAUGGGUGUUAUUAUAUUCAGCUUUAAUUGUUGCAUAAUAGUUUUACAUAAUUUUGUAACAUUGAACAUUGAAUUUUAUAUUCAGACAAAGAAUUUUUCUUUGAUGCAUUUUUCAACCCUGUU